GUCCCCCACCCCAAAACCCCCCAAAUUCUGGGGGCUGCCCCCUGGACAUCCCACUGUUGCUGGAGGAGCUGCGGGUGUUGCAACAGCGUCAGCUCCGCCAGAUGCAACUGACUGAAGACAUCUGUCGCCAGGUCCUCCUCCUGGGGGCUCUGAGCACCCCAAAAUCCCGUACCCCCCCCGCCCCGCCUCCCCCCCUCACAAAAAGCCGCAUUUCAUCACGGGGAAACCUUUUUUUCCCCUCUUUUUCCCCCCCCAAAAACCAACCUCACGCCACCGCCUUCUUCUUGGCAACUCCCUACCGUGGGGUCGGGGUGACACCGGUGGUCUCGGCCCACCCCCCAAAUUUGGGUGUGGGGGACGUGGGGGGGACAAGACACGAGUGUGGGUUUUGUGGGAAGGGGUUUGGGAGUGAAAGCGCCCGGCAGAUCCACCUCAGGUCCCACACGGGUGAACGGCCCUACGGCUGUAGCGUCUGUGGCAACCGGUUCACCACGCGUGGCAACCUGAAGGUCCACUACCACCGGCACAGACAGAAGGUCCCCCGCCUGGCCGUGAGCCCCCAGACCACCAACAGGGGCCAGUUGGGCUCCAGCAACACCCAGUUGGCCUCCAGCAACACCCAGUUGGCCUCCAACAACACCCAGUUGGCCUCCAACAGCGUGCAGCCACUUGUCAACACUCAACUGGCCUCCAGCAACACCCACUUGGCUUCCAGCAACACCCAGUGGGCCUCCAGCAACACCCAGCUGGCCUCCAGCAGCACCCAGCUGGCCUCCAGCAGCACCCAGUUGGCCUCCAACAACACCCAGUUGGCCUCCAGCAGCGUGCAGCCACUUGUCAACACUCAGCUGGCCUCUGGAAACACCCAGUUGACCUCCAGCAACACCCAGUGGGCCUCCAGCAACACCCAGUUGGCCUCCAACAGCGUGCAGCCACUUGUCAACAUUCAACUGGCCUCCAACAACAUCGAGCUGGCCUCCAGCAACACCCAGAUGGCCUCCAGCAACAACCAGAUGGCCUCCAGCAAUACCCAGUUGGCAUCCAACAAUGUGCAACCGCUUGUCAACACUCAGAUGGCCUCCAACAGCACCCAGUUGGCCUCCAGCAACACCCAGAUGGCCUCCAGCAACACCCAGUUGCCAUCCAACAGCAUGCAACUGCUUGUCAACACUCAACUGGCCUCCAACAACACCCAGCUGGUCUCUGGAAACACCCAGCUGGUCUCCAACAGCACCCAGUUGGCUUCCAGCAACACCCAGUUGGCCUCCAGCAACAAUCAUUUGGCCUCCAACAGCGUGCAACCACUUGUCAGCACUCAGCUGGGCUCUGUAAACACCCAGCUGGCCUCCAGCAACAAUCAGUUGGCCUCCAAGAAUGUGCAACUGCUUGUCAACACCCACUUAGCCUCCAGCAACACCCCGUUGGCCUCCAACAACAUCCAGCUGGCCUCUGGAAACACCAAGUUGGCCUACAGCAACACCCAGUUGGCCUCCAACAGCGUGCAACCGCUUGUCAACACUCAACUGGCCUCCAGCAACACCCAGUUGGCCUCCAGCAACACUCAGUUGGCCUCCAACAGUGUGCAACCACUCAUCAACACCCAGCUGGCCUCCAGCAACAACCAGUUGGCCUCUAGCAACAAUCAUUUGGCCUCCAGCAACAACCAGCUGGCCUCCAAGAGCGCGCAACCUCUUGCCAACACCCAGUUGGCUUCCAGCUACACCCAGCUGGCCUCCAACAACAUCACAUUGGCCUCCAGCGACAACCAGUUGGCCUCCAGCAACACCAAAUUUGUCUCCUGCAAUGUGCAGCCACUUGUCAACGUCCAGCUGGCAUCCAGCAACGACCAAUCAGCAUCUGGCGAUGCCCAGCUGGCCUCCAACAACACCCAACUGCUCUCCAGCAACACCCAGUUGGCCUCCAACAGCACCCAGUUGGCCUCCAGCAACACCCAGCUGGACUCCAAAAACAUACAGGUGGCUUCCAGCAACACCCAACUGCUCAUCAGCACUCAACUGACCUCCAGCAACACCCAGCCGAUGGUUAACAACACCCAGCUGGCCUCCAGCAACACCCAACUGAUGGCCAGCAACACCCAAUCGACCUCCAACAACAACCAGCUGAUGGCCAACACCCCAGUGAACAUCACCACCCAAGCAACAUCCACCAACACCCAACUGAACUCCAGCAACACCCAAAUGAUCUCCAACAACACCCCACCCAUCUCCAACACCCAACCAAGCUCCAACACCCAACUGAUGGCCAACAACACCCAACCAAGUUCUAACAACACCCAGCUGAUCUCCAGUGACACCCCACCCAUCUCCAACACCCAACCAAGUUCCAGCAACAACCAACUGAUCUCCAGCACCCAACCAAGUUCUAACAACACCCAACUCAUCUCCAGCAACACUCAACUGAUGGCCAACAACACCCAACCAAGUUCCAGCAACACCCAACCCAUCUCCAACACCCAACUGAUCUCCAGCAACACCCAACUGACCUCCAACACCAGCCCACCCAUCUCCAACACCCAGCCAAGUUCCAACAACACCCAACUGAUGGCCAACAACACCCCACCAACUUCUAACAGCACCCAACCAAGUUCCAACAACACUCAACUGACCUCCAACACCCAACUGAUGACCAACAACACUCCACCCAUCUCCAGCAACACCCAAAUGAUGGCCAUCAACACCUCACCCAUCUCCAACAGCACCCAAUCAACUUCCAGCAACACCCAACUGAUCUCCAACAACACCCAAAUGACCUCCAACACCCAACUGAUCACCAACAACACCCCACCCAUUUCCAACAACACCCCACCCAUCUCCAGCAACACCCAACUGACCUCCAACACCCAAUUGAUGGCCAACAACACCCCACCCAUCCCCAACAACACCCAACUGAUCUCCAACAACACCCAACUGACCUCCAACAACACCCAACUGAUGGCCAACAACACCCAACUGAUGGCCAACAACACCCAACUAAUGACCACCAACACCCCCCCCACUUCCAACAACACCCAACUGAUGGCCACCAACACCCAACUGAUGACCACCAACACCCAACUGAUGGCCACCAACACC